AUGAUGAAGCUACGCCUCCCGGUCCUGUUCCUCUCGCUGCUGCUGCUCAGCGUCUCAUUGCUGCUGAGCGUCUGGUACAUGUACAGCUGGAAGGGCUUCCUCGUUCGCGACCUCGACGCACUCGGCAACUCGUCCGUCUUCAGGCCAAAGCCGGGGUCUGCUUCCGAUAAGAUCAACCACGUGAUGCUGUGCGGGCAACGGGGAGCGCUGCAGAACACGUCGAUGAUGCGCGUGCGCGACACCAAGAUAUUCUUGGUGUCGGCGUACCACGACCAGCGCGAGGCCGGUCAGAGCACACGCAUCAUCGGCAUCGCCAACCGGUAUGAGCCGGACGUGCUCUCCUGCCACUUCUGCUGCCGAGGGCACUCGGAGAUCCUGACGGUCACCGCCAGCGCCUACGUCCACUCGGAUCACUUUGACUUCCCGUACGGCACGGCCGACUUCCUGUGCACGGAGCCGCUGGACUGCGAGCCGGGACACGUGUCCGUCCAGCGCAUGCGCACAAUACCGGACGAGGAAGAGGCCGAGUGGGUCUUCAUGCCCGUGCGAAAUCGGCUCUACAUGCCCCCCACCAUCACACAGGAAUUCAGCGUCUGCAUCUCCACGCUCUUCGGGAACUACGGCAACGUCCUGCAGUUCGUGCAGGCGAUCGAAAUGUACCGCAUCUUGGGUGCGGGCCGCGUGACGGUAUACAACACAAGCUGCAGCUCUGAGCUGAACAAAGUGCUCCUCUACUACAUCAAGACCGGCCUCGUCGAGGUCGUUCAGUGGCCCAUCACGGACUACGUGUGGGUGUCCAGAGGGUGGCACUACCCCGAGCACCCAGGCGAGCUGCACUACUAUGGCCAGAUAGCGGCGCUGAACGACUGCGUGUCUCGGCACAUGUACAGCACGCGCUACCUGGUCCUCACGGACAUUCGACGAAACGGGUGCCACGGAGACAUCGCGAUCAUGCACCACUACCUCGCCAAGCAGCCCGACCUGCCGCUCGACUCGCUGGCGUGGACCCUCACGCUGUGGAUCAAUGCCACUCUGAUCAGAAAUGUCAACAAGGUCCUCAACAGGGUCUUCUGGAAUGAGUAG